AUGGCUGGAUUAGACUACACGGCCCUCGGCGAGCGGGAUUUCAGAAUCCUCUCGCUCGCGCCCGGAAAAUUCGACGAACCCCUCAAGGGUGAGCUUAUCGUCCGUCCGAUCGACCCUUACAUCGACGAGGCCUCCAAGCACGAUGGUGAACUACCCGAGUCGGCUGACUCCUACGAGGCUGUUUCUUACGUCUGGGGCUCCAACGACACCCCGCGCAGCAUCACCAUCUCAUCCACCGAGGUGUCCAUCACAGAGAACCUCUUCACCUGCCUGAAGCGCGUGCGCCUACAAGACCGCCCGCGCCAGCUCUGGGUCGAUGCGCUGUGCACCAACCAGGCCAACGCGGACGAGAAGCAGGCGCAGGUCAUGCUCAUGCAUGACGUCUACGUCAGCGCGCGGCGCACCCUGGCGUACCUCGGCGAGGAGGCCGACGGCAGCAGCGAUGCGAUGGACUUGAUUGAGAGGUACUGGCGCGUCUGCAUCCCCAACGAGCUCAACGCCGGCGCCCGCGCGUUUCUGGAGGAUUCGCUCGGCAAGCCCGUUCCUGAUGCGCCGACCGGCGCGGAGGCGGAGCUGCCGGCUGAGGGCGACAAGCGCUGGCUGGCUGUGUCGCGGUUCUGGAACCGGGCGUGGUUUAAGAGGGUGUGGAUCGUCCAGGAGUUCAUCCUGGCGAGGGAUGUGUUGAUGAUUUGCGGAGAGAAGACGGUGAACUGGGCGCAGCUUUGGCCUGCUACGAUUGCGCUGGAGGAGCCCGAGAGCCCGCCUUGGCCGCUGAUUGACGAGAAGGGCGAGGAGGUGGAGAGCGCGGCGGAUUUGAUGGCCAACAUGGCACAGAGACUGCGGUUCUACCAGCUUGGUGCCAUGAGGGGAAAUGCCCAGGAAGAUGGAUGCUGUGGCGAUGACGAUGAGCAUGAUCAUGAGCACGGAGACGGUUGCUGCGGUGGAGAUGACGAGCAUGAGCACGAUCACGACGGACAUGACCACGGAAAAGAAGCCGCUGAAGGCAGCGAGGAAGAGUGGGAGUCUGAAGACGAGGACGAGGACCCGAAGCGCUCCACCGAGCUCCUUAGCCUGCUUCUCUCCUUCCGCGAGGUCGAGGCCGCUGACCCGCGCGAUUACUACUUCGCCCUCCUCGGCCUGGCCGCUGACGGCGACAGAGAAGAGUUCCGCCCCGAUUACUCGGAGAAGUUCGAAGAGACCGCCCUCCGCUUCGGCCGCACCCUGUUCCACGAGCCCUUCAGCGAGGAGCUCCUCGACCACGCCGGCAUCGCGGAGCACCUCAACGGCAGGGCCAACAAGUUCCCCUCGUGGCUGCCCGACUUCCGCCGCCCCUGGCACCGCAUGACCGUCGCCGACGCCGCCGAGUCCGAGGCCGCGGGCGAGACCGACUUCGACUUCGGCUUCGACCCCAACGACGACGAGGACGUCCUCCUACUCAAGGGCGUCAAGGUCGACACCAUCGCCCAGAUGAGCGGCGUCCCCCGCGCGGCGCACCUGCACGCCGACCGGCCCUCCAUCUGGGUCAAGAAGGACAUCCUCACGCUGUCCAAGAUCCUCGAGAAGAUCCCGGGCUUCGAGAAGGCGACAUACUCCACGGGCGAGUCCGGGCUGGAGGCCGUGCUGCGGACGCUGACCUUCUUCCGCGCCGAGGCGGAGGAGGAGGAGGUCCCGAUGGCGACGCUGAAGCUGGCGUACCGCUUCUGCACGGCCGUCGAGGAGGACGACCUCGACCCCGAGCGGGCGGAGCGCGACGUGCUGCGCCGCGAGAUCGAGCUGGCGGGGCGCUCGGCGGAGGAGGCCAACGAGGCGCUCGUGGCGGCGGCGCAGAUCCUCAUCAACCGCGUCUUCACGACGCGCUCCGCGCUGGAUCUGGUGCUGGCCAAGGGUGAGAAGUACGUUGCUAUGGUGCCUGAUGGAUGUGAGGCUGGUGACGAGGUUUGGGUUAUGAAGGGGUGCAACGCGCCGUUUGUGCUGAGGAAGAGCGCUGAGCGGGAGGGGCUGAGACGUAUCGUGGGUACGGCGUACGUGCACGGUAUCAUGGAUGGCGAGGCGGUCGAAGAGGGAGUCGAGUUUGAGCCGGUUACGAUUCACUAG